AUGCUUGCGUCAACGACGCAAGAUACGGUAAAUAAUGCAAAUACUCGUGGUGAGAAAGAAUUAUUAUCACUUAAAACACCUCCUGAUUCAUCAUUAACAACAAAUAAAGAUGAAUUUUAUAAUAUUAUUGAACAAGAAUAUGGAGGUAUUUGGGGAACAUUUAAAUUUGAAGAUUCUCUUGGUGAUUAUUCUAAUGAGGGUCGAUCAUUUCUUUAUGUUGAUGGUAAUAUUGACUUAACUAUUCUAAGUCAAUUUAUGGCUAAUGAAUGGAAAUUAAAAGCACCAAAUUUAGUUAUACCUAUUCUUAGUGCAAUAUCACGUUAUAAAAUAUUUAAAAAUCUUAAAACAAUUGAAGCAUCAAAAACUGGCAUAAGAAGUGCUGCAAAUGCUUCUGAAAUAUGGUUUAUAACAAAUGGUUUUGAUCUUGGUCUUCCACAAAUAUUUGGAUCUGCUUUUCGAGAUGAAAUUACAUUAAGACGAGCUGAUGAUGCAUGGGCAAUACAGAUGGGUCGUGAUCCAAAAAAACGUAAAAAAUUAACUUUAAUUGGAAUUGUUUGUGAUGAUGAAAUUAAAGAUUUUAUUGAUUUCAAAGCAGCACAAGAGAAACCAAAAAAAGAAAUAAGAGUACCAAUGCGUAAACGUGAUCAAAUAUCAUUAAACAGUGAUCAUACACAUUUUAUUAUAAUUCGUGAAGAACCAAUUAAGUCUAGUUCAAUUAAUAAUUUAACAAAAAAAAAUAUUACAAUUGAUAUUGGUGGAAAAAAAUUAGAAAAACUAACUGAUGCGCCUGAUAGUGUUACAAAUAAAUUUCGUGAUCGUUUCGAAAAUUUUUUACGUCAAGACAAAUCACAAGAACAAACUGCAUCUCCCGUUGAAUCACCAUCACCACCACCACCGCCAACAACAACAAAAACAACUGAUACUACAGCAGUAACAUCUAAUCCAUGGGGUGACGAUGGUUUUCCAAUGGUAUGUACAUUAGCUCGUGGUUCACCAGGAACUAUUGAACGUGUAUAUCGAAAAAUUCAAAAUGAAGUUCCUAUCGUAAUUUUUAAAGGAACUGGAUCAGCUACUGAUAUAAUUGCAUUUGCUUAUGAUGAAAUUUGUGCUAAAAUUGAAAAAGAAUAUGAAGAUAGUCAUUUUAAAGUUGAAUUAACUCGACGUAUACUUGAUGAUUAUCCUUUAUUAAGAAAUAAUAAUGUUAAACGAAAUGAAAUUCGUGAUUUUAUUUUAUCAAUUGUUGCAAUUGUUAAAAAAAAAGAACAAGAAAAUAGAAAAUUAUUAACAUUUAUUGAUAUUAAUAGUGCAACAGCAUCAUUAAAUGAUUAUCAUAAAUUUAUUCUUUUAGCACUUUUACAAUCACAAAAAAUGAUAACUGGUAGUAAAAUAAAUGCUCAAUUAAAACGAAAUCUUACAUUAACACUUGAUUGGAAUGCACCAGAUUUAGCUUUAUCAGAAAUUUUUCAACGUGAUGAUAAUAUAAAAUAUUCUAUUCAACCAGAAUUAUUUGAUCAAGCUAUACUUGGAAAAAAACUUGAAGCUUUUGUUGAUUUAUUUCUUGAUCGAGAUUUUGUCUUACAUCGUUAUUUAAAAGCAGAUAAAUUAAUUGAUUUAUUUAAUAAAGCUAAAGAUAAAGAAUUUUUUACAACAACAUCAAUUGAAGGAAUUCUUGGUCAGACAGGAGAUGAAGAAUACGUAUCAAAAGAUUUUGUUGAAAAGGAUCUUAAUAAAAUUGUUAAACGUUUAACAGAUAUUAGUCAUUUUUUUAGUAAACAUGAAAUGGAUUGUAAUGCAAUGGGAAUUUAUUUUGGGGAUAAAUCAGAAAAAGGUGUUCAAAAACAAAGAAUACGAGCAGAAAAAAAAGCUCUUCGACAUCUAAUUAUUUAUGCUGUAUUAAUGAAUCGACAUCAACUAGCAAAAGUUCUUUGGAAACGUUCAUUUGAACCAAUUCCAUUGGCAUUACUUUGCUAUAUGAUGUAUAUACAAUUAGCACCAUAUUGUCAUGAAGCUUAUCAAAAAAAUUUAAUAGAAAAACAAGCAAAAGACUUUUCCGAUUGUGGUUUAGGUGUUCUUGAUAAAGCAUUCAAUGAAGAUAGUACAAGAACAUUUGAAAUGCUUGAUGAAAAACAUCCGGAUUGGGGUCAUAUGGCAACUAUUGAAUUAGCUUAUAAUGCAGACAAUAAACCAUUUGUAGCACAUGCUGCUUGUCAAAAAUGGGUUACAAGACAAUUUUAUGGAGAAAUUACACCACGUGAACUUUCAUGGGGAUUAUUUAAAUGUCCUGAUUCUAUUAAAAUUGUAUCUAGUGCUAUUUUUAUAUUUCCAAUGUGGUUUUGGAUAAAUUUUUCUCCAAUUGGUCAAGCACCUCCAACAUCAAGUAAAUCAAGUGAUUUACCAGCUAAUGCAAAAAAAGGUUCAGAACCAGUACCAAAAAUUGAUGAAGCUAAAAAAUUAGCUGAACAUGUUGGUGAAGUUAACAUUCGACAAGAAGUAUGUAUUUUAUUAAUAUACUUAUUAUUAUAUGGGUAA